GUGCUUCGGUUGGAGCCCAACAAUGAGGCAGCGCGCCGAGAGUUGGAGAAGCUCGAGGAGGCGCUGCCGCCUGCGGCGCCAGAUGUGGUGGCGAGGAGGCAAGAACAACUGCCGGCUGCUACGGUGCCGCAUGAUGCAGAAUCUGCUGUGAGGAUGGCACAGAAGGAAGCCGAGCGUUUCCGCAGGGAGAUUCUCGCUGUGGCAGACAAGAAGGGUGCCGUGCCGGGGUGGUGCAAGAAAUUCAACAAAGUCCAGGUAAUGACUGCAGAAUGGGCAAAGCACCAGCUGAAGGAUCCUGAGAUCUUACAGGACCUGCUGAUCUUGCGCGGGCCGCUUUUCCAGGCCAUGAGCGACCAACAAAGGGAGGACUUCUUGUGCGCAUAUGACUUUGUCCAGGAGGUCAGGCAGAGGCACCAAGAUGAGAUCGAUCAGCUGUUCAAAAGUUGA